AUGACCAAUUUGCAUGGAGCUGUAACAUCAGAGCUGAAGUGGAAUCUUUUGACUGAAACAAAUUAUGUCGCAUCUACUCCAUCUGGAACUAAAAACAAUAACCCUAAUUUGUUGUCGUUGUUGAAUAAUAAUAAUAAUAAUAAUACCCCAGCUACUGGAUCUGGCUCAACGGCACCACCAGCGACGACGUCAUCAUCAUCAUCGUUGUCUAAAACAGGUGAAUCUGUUCGUGAAGAGAAUGACAACAGCAGCAGCAGUGGCGGUGGUGUUGUCAGAAAGAUAUUCUUUUGUUCACUUUGUAAUAAGUGUUAUAGGUCACGACAUAGUUUAUUAAGACAUAAAACUUCACAUCAUGGACAGGCGGAUAGUCAGACAAGCAGUCGGCAAGCAGACUGAGUGAUUGAUUGGUUGGUUGGUUGGU